CUGACUUCUCAUAAUACCAAUUCUUUAAUUCCUCUGUUUUUUUUUUUCCAAAAUCUUACUUCUCCAUAUAAACCGCAACAAUUAAUAAGAUUUUUGAAGGCUCAACUCCCAACAUAACUAACUUUUCCAUUUUAUUCAUUUUAUAGCCAUGCACUUUCUGUUACCUUUUCUCCUCUUCCUUUUCUCUCUCCUACAACUACUCCCUCCAACCUUUCCCGCUAGAAAUUUUCCCCAACCCACCACUGUCUUAAACUUUGAUCACUCCACCGCCACCACCCUCGCCGCCCACUCCUCCGUCUACAACAACACCCCGUGGGGCGGUUUCGCUAAAUUCGCCAACCUCGAAAAAGGCAGCCACUUCACCGGCAUAUGUGAUCUCAAGACUUACUUCCACCACUUCGGCUACCUCCCUCCGCCGCCGGGGAAUUUUUCCGACGACUUCGACUCCGACCUCGAAUCCGCCAUAUUUAAUUACCAGAGAAACCUCGGAUUACCCGUCACCGGAAAACUCGACACUGAUACAGUUGACCUUAUCAUGGCCCCACGCUGCGGCAUGGGGGAUGAUCACACACGCGCCGCCGUGAAUACCACCACGCGCCACCUCCACACCACGCGCCACUACUCAUUUUUUAACGGGCAACCGCGGUGGAUGAGGUCUUCACCCAUGACUUUGACUUACGCUUUUUCACCAGACGGCAUGAUUGACUACCUACCACAAGAAGAAAUCAGGGCGGUGUUCUCACGCGCUUUCGGGCGGUGGUCCGAGGUUAUUCCAGUAAAUUUCACUGAGGUAGAAGAUUAUCGAACGGCUGAGAUUCAUAUUGGAUUUCAUAAUGGUGAUCACGGUGACGGAGAACCGUUUGAUGGAGUGUUGGGAGUUUUAGCUCAUGCUUUUUCACCUGAAAAUGGUAGACUUCAUUUAGAUGCAGCUGAAACAUGGGCCGUUGAUUUUCAAACGGAAGGAUCUAGGGUAGCCGUUGAUUUAGAAUCAGUAGCAACGCACGAGAUAGGUCACGUGCUUGGUUUGGCUCAUUCUUCUGUUAGUGAUGCUAUCAUGUACCCGAGUUUAAGACCCAGGAGUCGUAGAGUGGACCUUCGGAUUGAUGAUGUUGAAGGGGUACAAGCUUUAUACGGGUCGAACCCGAAUUUUAAUUACGGGUCUUUGUUAGAAUCCGACCAAGAAACUUUUAAUGGCGAAAACAGUGGUAGUGGUAAGGGAUCUGGAUUAUCGACGUGGUGGUUAAGUUGGACGAUUUUUCUCGUUAUAUUUAGUAUGACCACCUAAAAAUCGUGAGAAUAUAUAUUCAUUUAGAGGCUCGAAUGUGAAUAUCCAUCUUAAUGGGUUGUAGAAUGGGAAUCUUAUUACUUUUUUAUUCUUUUCCUUCUUUGGUUGUUACAAAUUUAUAGAAUAGGAAUUUUUUUAAUACUUGAUACUAGAUAUACUUCAUGGAAUAUAGAAAGUUCAUUCUUUUAUGACUUGCAUGUUUUAGAGGUAGUUACUAUAGAUUAGUACUUGUGUAUACUUUAUACCUUGUACAUUAUAAUUUAUAUGUUCGUUGAAUAAUACACACAGUGAUGCGGAUUUAGUUGUUA